AUGAUGCCAUUACCGCCAUCUACUUUAAAUCAAAAAUCCAGUCGUGUUUACUCUGUUGCAAGAGUUUAUAAAGAUGAAUGUGAAAAGAGAUCACAAGAAUACUGGGAUUACGAACAAGGUGUAACGAUCGACUGGGGUACUAUUUCUAAUUAUGAAAUUGUUAAUAAAAUCGGUCGUGGUAAAUACAGUGAAGUUUUCAGUGGUAGAUGUGUAACAAAUAAUCAAAGAUGUGUUAUUAAAGUUUUAAAACCGGUUAAAAUGAAAAAGAUAUAUAGAGAAUUGAAAAUUUUGACAAACCUGACUGGUGGGCCUAAUGUAAUCGGUCUUUAUGAUAUUGUACAAGAUACUGGUUCCAAAAUACCUGCAUUGAUCUUUGAAGAAGUUAAAAAUGUCGAUUUUAGAACUUUAUAUCCAUCAUUUACCUUGAGUGAUCUUCAAUAUUAUUUUACACAACUAUUAAUUGCAUUAAAUUAUUGUCAUUCGAUGGGUAUUAUGCAUAGAGAUGUCAAGCCACAAAACGUUAUGAUAGAUCCUACCGAGCGUAAGUUAAGAUUAAUCGACUGGGGUUUAGCUGAAUUUUAUCAUCCUGGUGUUGAUUAUAAUAUCCGUGUUGCUUCACGUUAUCACAAAGGUCCAGAAUUGUUAGUUAAUUUAAAUCAAUAUGACUACUCUUUAGAUUUGUGGUCUGUUGGUUGUAUGUUAGCUGCUAUUAUCUUCAAAAAGGAACCAUUCUUCAAAGGUUCCACCAAUGCUGACCAACUGGUCAAGAUUGCCGCUGUUCUAGGUACCAAAGAAUUAUUGGAAUACUUAAAUAAAUAUGGUUUGAAAUUACCAUCAGAAUACGAUACGAUAAUGAGAGAUUUCCCAAGAAAGCCAUGGGGUCAUUUUAUUAAAAACGAUGCUAAAAAUUUGGCAGUUCCAGAAGUCAUUGAUUUAAUUGAUAAUUUGUUGGUCUAUGAUCACCAAGAAAGAUUAACUGCUACAGAAGCAAUGAACCACAAAUUUUUCAAGACAAAGUAUGAUAACUAA